GCCGUUGAGCUUGAGGAGCGACGACACUUCCCUCUCUCGCGACCACACUGGAAACCAGCACCGGGUCCCAUAAGACGCUGCUCCUCGCAUUUUAAUAUUUUAACCCUCCCGAUGAUUAACUUGAGUGUCGGCAUUGAUUAACUACAAAUUACUGAAGGUUUGCUGCCCUUCUCGUUCGUCUGUCGUCGUAGUAAAUGAGGCCGUGGUCUGCUGGAGUUAUCAGAAAUUGCAAAAUAUUCGUUGUACUGGUCAUCUUUACCGCAACGGACACUUUGCUCGUAUACAAAUCUUGGAAAUACUACGGUCGCCAAAGUUCAUCCGCCGGCCGCCGUGACUGAUGUCCUUUCAUAUUUCUUACCAGAAUAAGGAACGAAUUUCUCCAUUCAAAUCUAUCUGAAAUAGUUUGAAAUGUCAUCGGGUUAUCGGAGAGAUUUUGUGCCGCGUGGAGGAGGUGGAUACACGCGAGGCAGAGGUCGAGGAGGAUUCAAACAAAGACCCAGGUAUUGGGACAAUGACGACUACUAUGAUAGAGAUAAGGGACGUGGAGGAAAACGAAGGUAUUCCAGAUCAAGGUCAAGGAGCCAAAGUCGAAGUUACAGUCGAAGUAGAAGCAAAAGUAGGAGUCGAAGCAUGAGUCCUCGAGAUAGGCGACGUUCCAAUGAAUAUCGUCGAUCAUCGUUGGAAAAUCCAUCUCAUGAGCCAGCCGCAGUAGAAGCGCCAGGUAUUUCACCAGCUAAAGGUCACUAUAAUAACGCAUACGUUCACCAACCAAUGAAAGCUGUGGAAAAUGUCGAAGCAAAUAACUGGAGGCCUGCCUCUUCUGGAUUUACGUCAGAGUUUAGCUCGAGUAAUGGGAAAGAGAAAAUCGUCAUGGACCAAGAUCUAUUGCAGAGGUAUCAGUCCCACAGUGGCAAUAUGGACGAUCCUUCAUUGACAUUUAGUGGAUAUGGAUAUCCUCCAAACAUCCCGAAUGAAAAUGUUCCUCAACUUUAUCACCAACCACCUGCUGUUGGAGGAAAACCUAUCCACCAAGGUGGCGACUCUGACUCGACGAGCCAUAAGAAAAAGAAGGAAAAGCGUAAGAAAAAGAAAAGUCGACGAAAAAGCUCAUCAUCCUCGUCUUCAUCGUCAGAUUCUUCAUCCGAGGAGUCUCGACAAAAACGCAAGUCGAAACGAGACAGUGAUGACAGUUCUAAUUCUUCGUCUGAAAGCGAAGGAAGGCAUCAAAAGGAGAAAGAAAAAUCGACUGCAGCUGAAGCAACUGGGAGUAGACUAACAGUUGAACAACGUCAAGCGUUGAUAACUCAGCAAGAUUCUUACAAGCAAAAACUGGAAAUUAUAGAACGUGAAAUAGGGAAACUGCAAACUAAGGAAGACGAGUUGAAGAAAACGCGUGCAGAUAUCCGGUUGGUCGAAGAGAAUUUAAAACUCCAGGCCGAACUGAAGGGAAGGUGUAAAGCCGUUCACAUUGUACUUGAGAAAAUCAGCAAUGUUCUCGUUGCGGAUAAAUCUGUAGGAGCUGAGAAAGCUCAUCCACCCGUGCCUCCUCCUCCCCCCAAAAUAAGCGAACCAACUAAAAAAUUGGUUGAAAUGAAACCUACAAAGAUAGAUUUGACUGAUGUGGAUUACGUCGAUAACGGACAACACUGGUGCAGAUUGUGCAACGCAUUUCCUGAAACUGUUGAACAAAUGCUAAAUCAUUUUCAUAGUACAGCACAUCGAGACACGGUUGAGCAAUUAGGUAUUGAUGACAAGCCUUGGAAUAAGAGAAGUGCUAAAGUUGAUCAAGCAAAUCCGAGCAAAUCUGCCAAAAAACUUCCACUGAGAGGGAUGCAGUUUUUCUCUCCUGUGGAAGGCUGGUAUUGUCGCCUUUGCAACAAUUGGAUGGGAGAUCAGAUUGGUGCUUCAAUUCAUCUCAAGAGCUUGGAACACAACAACAAUUACUGUACCUUUCUGGAUGAACACCCCGAAUGGGAGGAAAAAUGGAGCAAAGAUCGUGAAAAAGCCCGACUGAGAGCUCUGGGCGAUGGAAAACAGGAUUUUCAUAAAUCAAGAUUUGACCAUCCGCAACCAGCACCAGUUAAUGAAAAUGAUGACAAUAAUGGGAGGAGUGGCAGCAUUCGAGUGCAAAUGCGUAACACGAUUAAAUUAGAAGAUCUGAAGGGAUCUGGUGAUUUUAUCAACAAAUUUCAACCCAAGGAUUCUAAGAUUGACGAAUGGAUGGGAAAACCACAAAAAGCCCCACUAGAUCUUGUUGACACUCAAAAGUUUGCCGAAAUCGUUCGACAGCGACAUGGAGUUAAGAAAGAAGAAGAAGCUGCCAAACUUCGAGAAAAUGCUUUGGAACAGGCAAGAUCUUUGCAAUCGAAAGGACGUGAUCAAGAGGAUAAAGAAAUCGGGGGACGAGAAAUUGACAAGAAGCGCCCUGAGCGAGUGGAAUUACAAAUAUCAGCUCGUGAGAACAGAGACCGCGAUCGUUAUCGUGACAAUCGUGGAGGAGCAGGGGGAGGUAGCAGGCGAAGAAGUCGGAGUAGGAGUAGGUCGCGUUCAAGAUCGAGAGAUCGAGGAUAUCAUGGCCGACGAAGGUCUCGAUCACGUUCUCGGUCUCGAGACAGACGGGAUAGAGAAAAGAAUGCUCGGGGGCAGAGCCACUUAAGAAGCAGAUGCCUAUCAUUGGGAAAAUGCCACUAUACAAACGUCCUAUUAUUGCUGGAAAGGACAAAUUGACAGUCGCCGUUUCGAGCGACAAUUCCCAAGUAGU